CAUCCAAGAAGGAGACAGAUCCAGCUUAGAUACUUUGAGAACUCCAGACCGGACUGAGACGUCUCUUCUGGUACCUUAGUGAAGAAUUCAUCUGGAUUAUCAGAGCUGCAUCCUUUGUUUAAGGCUCAGAGGCUUUUUAAUUGUUUGGGAUGGCCAAAACUGAGGAUUCUGCGGUGGAGGAUAGACCCAAAUGGGACAAUAAGAUCCAGUACCUGUUGACGUGUAUUGGCUUUGCAGUGGGGCUUGGAAAUAUCUGGCGUUUUCCAUACCUGUGCCAAAUCUAUGGAGGAGGUGCAUUCCUCAUCCCCUACCUGAUAGCGCUGGUGUUUGAGGGGCUCCCCUUGCUCUACCUGGAGCUGGCCAUAGGACAGCGGCUUCGCAAGGGCAGCAUCGGUGUCUGGAACUCCAUCUCACCCUUUCUGGGAGGAGUUGGGAUCGGUUCCAUGAUCGUGUCGUUUCUGGUGGGCAUUUUCUACAACACCAUCCUGGCGUGGGUGCUUUGGUACUUCUGCCACUCGUUCCAGGACCCCCUGCCGUGGAGCCAGUGUCCACUCAAUCCUAACCGCACAGGUUAUGAUGCAGAAUGUGAGAGAAGCAGCUCUGUGAAUUACUUCUGGUAUCGUGAGACUCUGAACAUCACACCGAACAUUGAGACCAGCGGCUCCCUGCAGUGGUGGUUGGUCAUCUGUCUGGCCAGCGCCUGGUGUGUGGUCUACAUUUGCUUCAUCAACGGGAUAAAGUCCAUGGGGAAGGCCGUCUAUAUCACAGCCACGUUUCCAUACCUGGUGCUCACUAUUUUCCUGGUCCGUGGUCUCACGUUGCCAGGGGCAACUGAUGGACUUAUGUACCUCUUUACUCCAGAUUGGAACGUACUCAAAGAUCCUCGUGUGUGGCUCGAUGCUGCAACCCAGAUCUUCUUCUCUCUGUCUGUGGGCUUUGGAGGACUCAUCGCCUUCUCCAGCUAUAACGCAGAGAAAAACAACUGUGGGAGGGAUGCUCUUGUAGUUGGAAUAAUAAAUAGUGCCACAUCUCUCUAUGCCUCCAUUUCCAUCUUCUCCAUCCUGGGAUUCAAAGCUACCAACGCUUUUAACUCGUGUCGACAAGGCAACAUCAUGACUCUGACCAACUUCUUUGAGCUUCCAGACCAGAGCAUAACACUAGAGAACUACGAUGAAAUGUUGGCACAUUUAAAUCUUACACAGCCAGAAGGGUUAGCCAAGGUGAACCUGUCGACAUGUGACCUGCAAAAAAAUCUUAACCAGGCUGCGUCAGGUACGGGUUUGGCUUUCAUCGCAUUCACUGAAGCUGUGAAAGAGAUGCCAGGCUCACAGGUGUGGGCUGUUUUAUUCUUCAUCAUGCUCUUCAGCCUGGGCCUCUCCUCCAUGUUUGGGAACAUCGAGGGUGUGCUUACACCCAUCAACGACCUCAAGCUAGUGCCAAAGUGGAUCCCUCAGGAAGUCGUGACAGGUAUAAUCUGCUUAAUAUCCUUCUUAACGGCUCUGCUCUUCACACUGGGAUCUGGAAACUACUGGGUGGAGGUCUUCAACAACUACGUUGGCUCUGUGCCUCUGCUCAUCAUUGCCUUCUUUGAGUUCGUUGGAGUCAUUUAUGUCCAUGGAAUGAAAAAUUUCAGUGAAGAUAUCUAUUUCAUGACUGGGUCGAGGCCCAACAUUUUCUGGAAAGUGUGCUGGACGUUCAUCGGUCCUUUAAUGCUCCUGACUGUGUUGGUUGCCUACGUGGUUGUCCAGGCACAGGACUAUCCUGUCUACCCUGUCUACCCUGAAUGGGACCCAGAUAUGGAUCCUUUCCCUGGUGAUGUGAAAAAGCCCUACCCAGGGUGGGUGUUCGCCAUCAUCAUCCUUCUGUGUGUCAUUCCUGUGAUUCCCAUCCCUCUGGUGGCCCUCUACAGACUCGUGUGUCGACAAAUGAAAUCCUGUGGUGGUGCUGGCCCAAACUCCUCCCGCAGAAGAGGCUUUAAGAGUGGUGAUGGUGAUGGUGAUGGUGGUGCUGGCUCAAACUCCUACUUCAACGGAGGCUUUGAGAGUGACACAUGUGGAACAUCUGAUUCCUGUGGCACGUGUGAUUAAGAAAAGCUUCAAGCAUUGAAGAAAAGAGAAGGACAUCUAAGUAGUAGCUCUGAAUCCGUGAAUGGAUUCAUGGGAGGACUGACAGAUAAUCUUUGUGAACUGUAAUAAUUACAUACAGAUUAUUUAUGUUUACUUUCAUCAUGCACUGAUGAUAGCAGUGAAAUUCUUUCCUUUGCAAAGCCUUAUUCUGCAUUUCCACCGAUAGUCCAGUCCAGUUCAGUUCAGCUCGGUAUGGUGAACCCUGAUCUUGCUUUCCUUUCCACAGCCAGCUGACCCUUUAGGCAGAGGCGUAAGCAUCACAGUGAUAGCAGCGUCGGCUAUGUCAGAGGUUCUCAAACUUUUCAGCCCCCAAAAUAAAUGUGCCAGAGACCGGGGACCCCCGUACCUGAGGGCGAUGGAGGCAUAAUAGAACACAGCUGUGCACGUUCAAGAACAGCCAUGUGCCGACUAAAAAUAAAGAAUAAAUCUCGCCAAAUGACUGUGGUUUUCUUUUUAAAGUGACUACUAAAGUGAAAAACGGGUAAAACAUGGGUCACAGGUUGCCUACUGCAGGGGUCAUCAAGUCCUUUUGCACAAGAGCCAGAUUUAGUCACGACAGACUCUGGGUGCCAAGUUUCAAAUAAACAAACACUAAAUAAAUAUUUUUGUCUAGUUGACAUAUUAUUGUGUUUGUAUUUUCUUUCAAAAUGCAGGAUAUUUUUAAGCAUUACCAGUGAGAUCUAUCCCUGUUAUCUAGAAAGCAGCAGGCCAUAUGGAGAUAGGCCCCGCCCACAGAAAAGGCUGGACCUCCCUAACUGUCAUUUAGCCCCAAUAUUAGCCAAUUAAAACAGUUUUUGCCACUUUUAUCUCUUUAUGCAACUUUUCGCCAAUUAUUGCACUCUUAAAUCCCUUCUCACAACUUUGCCAAGCUAUUUUUGCUUUAUUUUUGCCACUUUUAAGCCAUUUUUGAUACUUUUUGCCCCCCUUAACUCAUUUUUGCCACUUUUUAACCCCUUUUCAUUACCUUAUUUGCACUUUUUUUACCAAUUUUAUCCUACUUUAUAAACCUUUUUCCCCAUAAACCAAUUUUUGCAACAUUUUAAUCUCUUUUCACCACUUUUCCUGGUAAGUUUUGUCCCUCUGUGCCACUCCAUGACCCAUCUGGACACUUAUCACCCAGUUUAGCCAUUUCUAACCCUUUUUCACAAUUUUUUUCUGGCCAUUUCUGCAACAUUUCUGCCACUCUUAACCCAUUUUUAAAAAAUAUUUACUCAUUAUAGAUGACAAGUGUUUCUGUAAAACAGUUCAAAUGUUAAGUCAUCUUAAAACUAUUUCAAUACUAAUUGUUUUUGAGAUUUGCAGACAUUUAAAGCCUAAAGAAACUUUUAAAAUCACAUCUUCUUUUCUCCUUUUCUGAAUUUAAUGAUCUUCUGGGGGCUGGACAGGAAGCUUUAUGGGACCUAAUAUGGCCCUUGGGCCGCCAGUUUGAACAGUGGCCUAGUGGUUUAAGGUGUGCUCCAUGUAUGUGGACGGCCUGGGCUCCAAUCUGGCCUGUGGCUCUCACCUGCUCUCUCAUCCCUGUUUCUGAUUCCACCCGCUGUCCUCCUCUGUCAAUAAAGGCACAAAAAGCCCCAAAAUAAAUCCUUAAAAAUGGGUAAAAUAUACAACUUUAAAUCAUUUAAAAUUUUCCUUGUUUUUGGAAGGCAUCUGGCGACCCCCUCUAAAUGUCUUGCGACCCCAAAGGGGACCUAAACCCCAGGUUGGGAACUACUGAGCUAUGUAACAGAGUUACAUUAAACCAGAGCAACACAGUGCAGCUGCCACCUAGCUGAGUGAAGAACGCAACACAGUAAACAAAGAACAAUAAUGGAGCUCAUGGAGCAUUUUGUGCUCGUUCCUGUUACACAUGGAAGACGAGCUCUGCUUUACAGAAAGCUCCAAGGAAAAAUACAGCGGCUGAAAAAUGUAAACGUGGUAGGAAGAAGAAUGGUUCGAUGGAAAUUUAAGUAAAUGUAUCCUGGACUGCAGUGGUUCUCAAUGGGGGGGUCAGGACCCCCUCUGGGGUCACGAAACACUGACAGGGGGUCACCAGAUGCCUUAAAAAAAAAAACAAAUUUUUAUUUAAACUAUUUCAAAUUGUGCAUUUUAUGAAUUUUUCUAAUGCAUAUAUAUAUAUAUGCAUUAAAUUGAUGUAAUGUAAAAUAAAACAGUCAUUUAAUGAGAUGUAUGCUGAAAUCAAAAGAAUGUUUAAAAACAUUUUUAACCCCUUUUUCCAUCCAAUUUUGCCACUGUUUGCAACUUUUCAUCACCUUUGUACAAUUUUCAUAGAUUUUGCCACUACAAAACAGAUUCUUUAAUCUUUCCACCUAUUGUUGUCUCUGUGGACCCAUUAAUGCCAUGAUUAAGCCUUAUUCACUGUUUUAUGCACAUUUUUAACCACACUCACUAAAUUUUAUGCCCUUUAAAACCAUUUCUGCUACUUUCUGCCUCAGUUCACCCAUUUUUGCCAGUUUAGACCAUAUUUUCCCACUUUCUAAAUCUCAUUUCACCACCUUUUUCACCUAUUUUUGCCCCUUUAAACCCUUUUCUAUCACUUCUUCUACCAAAUUCUUCCACUUUGAAGCUAGUAUUGCCACUGUUAACCACUUUUGUCACUCUUUUAUUAUUUUUUGUCACUUUUAUCUACAUUUCACCACCUUUAACUGUCAUUUAAUGAGAUUCAUGCUGAAGUCAAAGUAAUGUUUAAAAUCUGUAAAAAGUAAGUCAGCACACCGGCAUGCUUACAGAUUUGGCCCCUGGAAAAACAAAGGCUGUGCCCUCCUAUUCUUUGGGUUCUUAGGUUGACAGUAUUUAUUUGUGCCACUUUUUAACCACUUUUCCCACCUAAUUUUGCCACUGUUUGCCAUUUUUCAUCAGUGUUGAACAAUUUGCACCAAUUUGGUUGUUUCUUUACCCAUUUUUCUCACUUUACCCCAAUUUUUGCCACAUUUAAACCUGUUCUUCACUUUUUUUCUAAUCAAUUUUUCCCACUUCUAACACAUUUUUGCCAGUUUUCUGCCAUUUCUGCACUUAAGUUUUUCUCAUUUCAACCACAUUCACUAACAGUUAUGCCCUUUUUGUAAAUUUAAUCUAUUUUUGCCUCAGUUCACCCAUAUUUGCCAGUUUAGACCAUAUUUUCCCACUUUUUAAAUAUCAUUUCACCACCUCUUCCACCCAUUUUUGCCCCUUUAAACCCAUUUCCAGCCCUUUUUUUAACCAAAUUCUUCCACUUUGAAGCCAGUA